AUGAGCGGGUCAUCAUACAGAGGAAUCGGCCCAGGGAACCCUCCGUUCCUGGACCAGGAAGACGCGGCCGGUUGCAGUUCAAGCCACAGCGGAGGUAGAUUGGAAAAAACGGGCGAUGAUAAUUACGCCAGCACGCACUCAUCUACUGAGAUCCACAGUGCGGAUGCACAGCCUUGGACGGCGCGCGGAGCACAUCCGAGCGCCGGCAAGACAAAACUGGAGAUUUUAGGUCGUUUGCUUAAAGGUAACGACGGACCACCAACGUCGGACCAUCCCGCGAGAGCGUUGGCGCCGCGACCAACGAGCACCAAACGGGACUUCGCAGCGUCGCGCAUUUCCGCGCGCCACAGCGUGCCCCUUGGACUCAACGCCCACAGCAGACGCAUUCCGAGAGACCGCUGCGAAGUGCCGAUCCCUGCCACUGCAUACAGUAUAGGAAGCCGCAGCCGCACGACAGCAGUCGAGGAUUCCUCCGAAAGCGAAGCGGAGGCAAUCGCGGUUCGUCGCUCGAAGUGGGUCACAUUCGGGGCGCCGAGCCCGCAGGCCUCACAGGAAAUUGAAGACCGAGCACGCAAAGAUGACUGCCAUGAAAGCAGCGGUGUACCGGAAUCUACGCCAUCGCGCUGCGUUGAGAGCACCGACGCGAUUGACCACGGGUCUAAUACAGGCCGCACGGAAGAAUCCGACGUACAACACCUGAGCCGCACGCCUCAUCUGGACCUCAGCGACCUGAUCGAGGCUACAAGCGCGCAGUUGGAACGCGUUGGAAGCACUGAACGCCGUUGGUCGGCACAGGAAUUGGGCGACGACCACUCACGGCCUGAGUCGCUCGAGGAGAAAGUGGCCGCGUGGGACCCAUGUCAAGAAACCUACGCUCUGUCGCCGCCCGGCGAACUCGAGCUGUUUGAACUCGACAUGUACGACCCAAGGCGCACCAGACGACCGAAGGCGGCACCGCUCAAAGCAGUGCCCUGUUGUGCGAGCAAGCCUUCGUGCGCUCUGUGGCCGACCAGCCCUCCAAAGAGUAAGAAAGUUCUGCCUGUAACGGCCACCGAUUCCAGCAUGUACGAAGACCUGCACUGGUUCAUCGAAUCGUCUGAGCAGUCGGCUACGACAUCUCCGCUCUGCGACCGUGCAACCGCAGCCGGCGCUUUGACCCCGAAAGCUGAAGCCCCACCGGCCUCUCACGCCUGCGCUACCAAACGCCAAGCUGACAAGGCGCUUGCGCCCGUCAACAAAGCCGAGGCGCCUUCAGCCGCUAUACGUGUGUCGCGUUCGCUCUGUGGUUUAAGAGAAGAACUGUCGCCACAACGCGUGCGCGUGAAUAGUAUGGCGGGUACGUCCACAGCUCCACCUGCAGUGAUGCCAAACAGCUAUAUACCCACAAAGCCCGCUACCAGCACAGGUCGUCGCGAGGACGUCUCUCCUUAUGCUCCGAAGCCUUCGUCGUCCGACGGACUUGACGACCUCAACUGGAUGCCCGCAAUGGAAUCUCGCCAGGUGCAGCAGACGACCGAAGUCGGACCGGUGGCAUCGAGAACUGAGGAGGACAAGGCGAAGGGAGUCGAUGCGAGGAGUGAUGAACCCGACGAGCAGGAAGCUGUAGCCCGUGGAGAAAAGAAGCAUCAUCCCAAACACGACCGGAAGAAGCAUCACAGAAAGAAGAAGUUGGCCAAGCUGAAGAAGAAAGAGCGGGCGCAGGCUGCGCGGCCUACGCAAGAAGAAGCAGCCUUGCUGACGUCGGAGCAGCAGGUGCCGUGCGCUGCGUCCCCCCGCUGCCACUCGGACUCUGGUUCCAACCACAGAGGCGCCGCCACUGCCGCCUCCUCUACCUCCGCCGAUCCAGAGCCUGACAGCGUAGGUGACGAGGUGACCCACGUCGACAGCGGCACCGUCAGUAUACGGAUCAAAACGUCGAUGCGCACAAGGUCAGGCCUGGUCUGGCCCUUUAACUCCUCGCACGACAGCUGA